AUGGUCUACCUCGUAGCCGGCUCGGACACGGUUCCCUCGUCCACGAGUUGUCAACGAGCGGCUCGGGUGCUCGUUCUGGGCCAUGGCUUGAGUGCGCAAGGAGUCUCCCUGCUUUCAUGGAGGAUUUUGUCGCAUGAUGCAGUUUGUGCUGAAACCGCAGAGGGUGUUACGCCCAACGCCGCUCCGUGCUUGACAUGCCCAACAUCUCUUGUGUCGCCUCUUCGUCUCUGGGGAUCCACCACUGCCCUUCCCUCUUCCGGAAUUACUGAGGCGCUUGGGGGCGCGCUGUCCCACAAGGUGAUAGACCGGGCGUAA